GUCAAGCUACCCUUUGUCCAGGAGGAAAGCACAAGCUCAUUUGGGAUGAGGAAAUUGAUUUGAUUUGCCUCUUCUAUAAUCAGAUGCAGCUCGAGAUAAAAUAUGUCUUGCCACCAUUUCCACCAUCUUUGCAAAGUUGUUCAUGACUAUGGCAAGUUCAUCGAUGAGAUGGAGAAAGUAGUGUUUAGGAUGGUCUGCGAGAGCUACGAUGUCGAGAAAUGCUAUGACCCUUGCAUCGAUUCCAGCUCGUACCUCCCACGAUUCUUGAAGUCCAAUAAAUCGGAAGGCGUCGAGGUCAGCGUGAACCCGGCUGGUCACAAGGACAAGAAGUUUUUGUCCUUCUCGCACCAGAGCAACAUUAGGGGCUUGGAUGCGAGGACCAAAGAUGGCAAGUGGUUCAGUUUUGAGCCCUUGGCUUUGACUUUCAUGGUCAUUGCCGGUGAAGCAUGUGUGGCAUGGAGCAAUGGAAGGAUCAAAACUCAGAAAAGAAUCAAGUGAGAUACCCUCUUGCUACAUUCUCAUACGUCCCGAGGAUGAUCGAGACGCCAGAGGAGUUCAUUGACGAAGCCCCUCAUUCACAUGAAUUUCCUUUGCUACUAUGACUUUGUCGAUGACCGCAUGAAGGGCGAGACCUCAUCAACUCUUUCUGCGGAGUUUGGGCCAAUUAGCCCUUAUGUUUACAUCAGAAUGAAUAGAUUAUAUGCUUUUAAUGUGAAAUAA